UCUUCAUCAAACCAUUAACAGCUCAGAAAGAUCCAAACCAGUAGAAACCAAUCGUAAGAAUCUUCGUCACCUUCCCCCUAUAUAAACCUCGACAUAAGAUUCAUUUCUCCCCACUCAUCCUUCCUUCCCACCUACCAGUCUUAAAAAAUGGCCUUCUUCUCUUCAUCUCUGCUUCUCCUCUUCCUCUGCUUCUUCCAAUCUCAAUACGCAUACUCUGUUUCAUUCACACCAGACAAACCUCUCGUCCUCCCCCUCACCCACUCCAUCUCACUCUCGCUCUCCUCCCCCUUUCCCUCCCAAUCCAACCUCCUCAAAUCCUCCUCCCUACGCUCGGCCGCUCGCUUUCAUUCUCACCGCCAGAAAAGGCGGCAGCUUCCCCUCCCCCUCGCCGCCGGCGCUGACUACACUCUCUCCCUCUCCAUCUCCUCCACCACCGUCUCCCUCUACCUCGAUACCGGCAGCGAUCUGUUAUGGUUCCCCUGCUCCCCCUUCCAAUGCAUCCUCUGCGAAAACAAGCCUCUUUCCUCCACACCUCUUCCUCCCCCUCCCUCCUCUCAUCCCCUCCCAUGUUCCUCCCUUCUCUGCUCCGCCGCCCACACCUUCCUCCCCAUCUCCGACCUCUGCGCCGCCGCUCUCUGUCCCCUCGACGACAUUGAAACUUCUUCAUGCUCUCCUUCCUCCCACCCCUGUCCUCUCCUCUACUACGCUUACGGCGAUGGAAGCCUCCUCGCCUCUCUCCGCAGCGGCCAUCUCUCCCUCGUUCCCUCUCUAUCCUUCUCCAACUUCACCUUCGCCUGCGCACACUCCGCUCUUGCCGAACCGCUCGGCGUUGCCGGCUUCGGCCGUGGACCUCUAUCGCUCCCCUCUCAGCUCGCCAAGUUCUCACCUUUCCUCGCCUCCCGAUUCUCCUACUGUCUUAUCUACCACUCCUUCCUCCCACAUCGCCUCCUACGUCCAAGCCCGCUCAUCCUCGGCCGCUCCUCCACCAUUUCCUUCACCUACACUCCUCUGCUUCACACCCACAAAAACUCCUUUUUCUACUCAGUUUCGCUCCUCUCCAUCUCCUUCGGCCGGUUUAUCAUUCCGGCAAGUUCUCAGCUUGUUUCUAGAGGCAUGGUGGUGGACUCCGGCACAACUUUCACGAUGCUUCCCGGCGAGAUGCACCGCCGGUUAGCAGCGGAGUUUAGGCGGCAGAUGGGGAGGCGCGGGUACAUUCGAGCCCACGAAGCAGAGGAGCGAACGGGGCUUGGGCCGUGCUAUGAGUAUGGAAAUGGGAGGAAUGAGAGCAGAGGAGUGCCGGCCAUGGGAUUCCACUUCGCCGGAAACGCAACUGUGUGGCUGCCGACGAGGAACUACUUUUUGGGGUUUGAGAGCGAGGGGCAGCAUGUGGGAUGCUUGAUGGUGAUCAGUAGUGGAGAUGAAGCGGAGGAGGAAGAGGAGGAGAAUGGAGGCGAGCCGGCCGGAACGCUGGGGAAUUUACAGCAGCAGGGGAUGGAAGUGGUGUAUGAUUUGGAGAUGGGAAGAAUCGGGUUUGCACGGCGGCGGUGCGGCGAGCUGUGGGAUUCAGUAUCACGCGGGUGACCGCACGUGUAACCGUUUUUUUUUUUAAGAUUUACGUAAAUAG